AUGGCCCCGUCCCCACCCCCACACCCGCUGCCCGCAGCUCUAUCUCUAUCUCGAUCUCUAUCACCAUCUCCGUCUCUACCAGACACUCCUUCGUCACAGUCCCGCCUCUCCCAGCUGUCCUCGCACCUCUCGACCGCCUCACACACCAUGGCGGCCGUCUUCUCAGCCGCCAAUGUGCCCCAGGCCCCCGAGGAUCCCCUGUUCGGCCUGAUGCGUGCGUACCGCCAAGACCCCUUCGCGAAGAAAGUCGAUCUGGGCAUUGGCGCCUACCGCGACGACCAUGCGAAGCCGUGGAUUCUGCCUGUUGUGCGCAAGGCAGAUGAAAUCCUACGGAGCGACCCAGAGCUCAACCAUGAAUACCUGCCCAUUGCGGGCCUGCCGCAGUACACAGGCGCUGCGCAGAAGCUGAUUCUGGGAGCAGACAGUCCUGCCAUUCACGACGGACGGGUAGCAACCUUCCAGACCAUCUCAGGCACUGGCGCUGUGCAUCUAGGCGCGCUCUUCCUGGCCAAAUUCCACCCCCUCCGCCCGGCGCCCACAGUCUACCUCUCCGACCCAACGUGGGCCAACCACAACCAAAUCUUCACGAAUGUCGGCCUCCAGAUCGCCAAGUACCCAUACUUCUCCGCGCAGACCAAGGGCCUCGACAUCGACGGCCUGCUGAGCACCUUACUCGCCGCCCCAGCCGGCUCCAUCAUUGUGCUGCACGCCUGCGCCCACAACCCCACGGGCGUCGACCCAACGCACGAUCAAUGGAAGCAGAUCGCCACCGUGAUCCGCGAGCGCGGCCACUUCCCCUUCUUCGACUGCGCAUACCAGGGGUUCGCAUCUGGUGACCUGGCGCGCGACGCCUGGGCAAUCCGGUAUUUCGUCAGCCAGGGGUUUGAGACUUGCGUGGCUCAAUCGUUUGCGAAGAAUUUCGGUCUGUAUGGCGAGCGUGCUGGUGCUUUCCACUGGAUUUCGGCCCCCGAUGCUGCUGCUACCAGCCAGGUUACAACGGGCAAUAUAGCCAGCCAGCUGGCGAUUUUGCAGCGGUCUGAAAUCAGUAAUCCGCCUGCCUAUGGCUCGCGGAUUGCGAGUAUUGUGCUCAAUGACCCGCAGUUGUUUGCCGAGUGGGAGGAGGAUCUGCGCACGAUGAGUGGGAGGAUUGCCGAGAUGAGGCUCGGGUUGCGCCAGCGUUUGGAAGCGAGGAUUCUUGCUGACAGCAGUAAUAUCAUCAAUGGCUCGCAGGCUAAUUGGGCGCAUAUUACGAGUCAGAUUGGAAUGUUCAGUUUCACGGGGCUGAGCGAGAGUCAAGUCAAGGUUUUGAGGGAGAAGUGGCAUAUUUAUAUGACCAAAAAUGGUCGUAUAUCCAUGGCGGGCAUCAACUCGCAUAAUAUCGAUUAUGUGGCCGAAGCUAUUGACAGUGUUAUUCGAGAGACUGCAUGA